AUGCCACAAAAUUCCCAACAACAAUAUAUCAAAGUUCACCAACCAUCUCGGCGCUUCUCCAAACGCCCGCUGCGAUAUCCGGAAGAUCAUCACCAAUUCUUACCUCGGCAAAGCCAAGGAUCAUUCAUGCCCAAGCUUCUGCACGGGCCGAUCCACCUUGCUGUCAUUGACAGCGGGGAAUCUCUCGCUUUUCCCCGCCAAUCAGAUGAGACGAGUGAUAAGUGGGCAAUUCCCGGAGAUGUAAUUUGUUGA